GACAAUAGACAUGACCAUAUUAUGUAGAUUUACUUGCUUGCACAAAGAUCUAUUCGAUUGACAGUAUAUACCUCGAUGAAUUAAAAUUAAAAUUUGCUAUAUUGUUACUUUUGCUAUUCAUUCAGCAUUUUUCUAAACCUUCCCAAUUCAGGACCAAUGUCCUCACGACACAGUGAAUCAGCGACGGCGUCAAUAGCUCACUCCAAAUCAAGUCAUGGUCCAGCCCCUGAACCAGAACCGAGCAUUGUCACCAAAAAACGGAAACGAAACACCGAACCCAGCGACGAUUCUGAUAGCUGCAUCACCAGUUUCCUCAAGCGAGUCCCAGAAGUUGAGAGAAACUUUGAUAUUAUAGAUGUUUUGGGAGACGGAACGUUUAGUUAUGUGUUUCAUGGCAAGCCUAAAAAUAUCGCUUCGGAAGCAUCAUUUGCUUUGAAGUACAUCAUUCCAACAUCGGCUUCUUGGAGGAUCACAAAUGAGAUCAGGUACUUGAAGAGACUGGGAGGGAAGCACCACGUGUGCGAUAUAAAGUGCAUCAUCCGGCACCAGGAUAAUGUGGUGCUGGUUCUGCCCUACUUUAAAGCCACCAAGUUUCUGAAAGUCGUUCAGGAUUCAAACCAGUGGGAAAUACAAAAAUAUUUGAAAGCUUUGUUUGAAGCUUUGGCCCAUGUUCACAGAUUCAACGUUAUUCACAGAGACAUCAAGCCUAGUAAUUUUCUGUAUGAUAGAGAGAAAGGGGAGUUUCUUCUGGUGGAUUUCGGGCUGGCCGAGGACAUGGUAGUUGAAGAUAAGGAAAAUAAACAAAAUACCAAACGGAAGCACGAUCACAAUGUUAAGAAUGAAUUGACAAACUUUGACAGGAACCAACGAUCACAGAGACCCAACAUUCUGAGAGACAGGAGUCCCAGAGUGCAGGAAAAGAAGAAGAGUUUCUUCAGCAUGUCCAAGAACUCCUCCAAAAACUCAAGCAGUAAAACCUCCAAAUCAUCAAGUUCCAAAUCGUCCAAACGAGAAUGUGCCCAUGCAGGUAAUGAGAUCUGUAACACCUGUCUGUUAAAACCAGGCCAGGAAGCAUCCCGUGCGGGUACACCAGGCUUCAGAUCCCCGGAAAUGCUAAUGAAACACCCCCAACAGACAACUGCUGUGGAUAUCUGGGCAGCUGGUGUCAUAUUCCUUAGUCUCCUGAGUAUGAGAUACCCCUUCUUUAAAGCUGCUGACGAUCUGACCUCGCUAUGUCAGAUUAUCACCCUGCUGGGUAGCGACAUGAUAAUUGCGGCUGCUAAGAGCAUUGGCAAGCAGGUGACCCUGUCCAAGUCGGUGACUGGGUGGGAGCUUAAGAAGAUGUGUACGAGACUAAGGGAGAGUAGUCACAUCUCUAGGUGUGAGAGGUGUGAUGCGAACAAUGUGGAGGAAGACCGGAGUAAGGCGUGCGCUUUGCAGCCUUUUGAAGAUUCUGCAUUUGAUCUUCUCUCACGCUGCCUUGAUCCUAACCCCAACUCAAGAAUAACUGCUGAACAAGUUUUGAAGCAUGAAUUUUUCUCUUGUAAUCACCCGCCCCCUCUGCACAGACCGAAAUGGCUCUGAAUUUUUAUCAUCAUAAUAUCAGAAAUGACACUUAAAUUGAGAUGGUUCAAGAACGUCAUCGUUUGUAUAUUAACGGUACAUUUUUAAAUUAUACUUUUGUCGCGGACAAAGUUUUAAUAUGAUGAUUGAAGAAUAUAAUGUGUGAUUGAUUGUCAGUUUGAAAUUUGUUAAACAUUGUGUGUAAAUAAAUUUUUAAUUUUAUCUUAAGUAUGGUUUGGUUCUCACUUGAUAUCCCGAGGACCCGCAUACUCGAACCUGAGGUUCAAAAUGAGAUAACAAUUAGGAAAGAGAUAACAAUUAGGAAUUUGGAUUGAGUACUGUGGAAAAAUUAGUCUUAUUAAAUAGCAAUAUUAUUUGUACAGAGUUAUAUAAUGAGUUUUAUGCUAGAAACAUCCACUUUCUAUCUAAGUUUAAAUAGCAAUUGAUGUAGUGCUCAAAUAUUCGAAUGGGGCACGCCAUCUUGUAUUAAAUGUUUAUGAAAUGAAAAUCAUUGGGUCACUUACAUGGUCUUUCCUGAUUUUGUAAUAACGGCUUCAAUGAACUUUGAAGUUUUAGGAUGUUUGUGUUAUCCAUUAUCCAUGAUGGCAAUGGUUUACCGGAAAUUUGGGGGUUCGUUCACAAAUUAUUGCCUACCGAACAUCACGAUAUUAUAUCUGUCGUCACUAUUUAUAAGUGCUUUAUGUGUUAGAUACGUAUCGCUGUUUAUAAGAUGAUGAGCUGUGUGUUAGGUAUACUUAUAAUUUAUACAUUUAAUUUGGCACUGUCAAAGUAUUAUGUAUUGAAAUAUGAACUCUUCAGAAUAUUUAAUAAACAUGUAA